AAAAUUUAACGUCACCCCACUCAUCAUCCAUUCGAUAUUUCUGGGAGCUUCUGGCAGCAAUCAUCAUUCAUUCCAUAAUUCGUUCAUACAAAUAAAGCAAUCGCAGCUACUGAAAAGCUGUGAAAGUAGUAACAUUAACAGCAGAAAUGGCGGAGGAAGUGAUCAACAAUAACAAGCAGGUGAUAUUGAAAGACUACGUGAAGGGGUUUCCCAAGGAAUCUGAUAUGUUGGUCACAACCUCCACUAUCAAGCUUAAAAUCCCUGAUGAUUGUCACCACGCAAUUUUGGUCAAGAAUCUCUACUUCUCCUGUGAUCCUUACAUGCGUAAUCAAAUGAACAAGGUCCAAGGGAACGACCCAUACUCCUUGGUCCCCGGCUCCCCAAUUGCGGGGCACGGAGUGGCGAGAGUAAUAGAUUCUUCUCAUCCUGACAUAAAGAAAGGUGACCUGGUUUGGGGAUUCACACGGUGGGAAGAGUACAGCCUUAUUAGAGAUCCAGACACUUUGUUUAAAAUUCAAGACACCGAUGUGCCGCUCUCCUACUAUACAGGAAUUCUUGGUAUGCCUGGCAUGACUGCAUAUGCUGGUUUCUAUGAGGUUUGCUCUCCCAAAAAGGGAGAAACUGUUUACGUUUCUGCCGCGUCUGGAGCUGUCGGUCAGCUUGUUGGUCAGUUUGCAAAGUUGAUGGGGUGUUAUGUCGUCGGAAGUGCAGGGAGCAAAGACAAGGUUGAACUCUUGAAGAACAAGUUUGGUUUUGAUGAUGGAUUUAAUUACAAAGAAGAGCAGGAUCUAAAUGCAGCUUUAAAGAGGUACUUCCCUGAUGGGAUCGACAUAUAUUUCGAGAACGUGGGAGGAAAGAUGCUCGAUGCUGUGCUUCUCAACAUGAAGACCCAUGGCCGCAUUGCAGUGUGUGGGAUGAUCUCCCAGUACAACCUCGAGCAGCCUGAAGGAGUGCACAACUUGUUCACUCUGGUAACAAAACGGAUCCGUAUGGAGGGAUUUACUGUUCUUGAUUACUACCAUCUAUAUCAGAAGUUCGUUGACAUGGUUCUUCCUCUUAUCAAGGAAGGAAAAAUCAACUAUGUCGAAGACAUAGCUGAAGGCCUUGAAAGCGCCCCAAGCGCCCUUGUGGGGCUUUUCUAUGGUCGUAACGUCGGGAAGCAGGUUGUCCUCGUGUCUCGUGAGUAGGUGUAUAGUCUCUCUAUGUAUGGCGUUGGGCGUGUCGCUCUGUCUAUGUGAUGUUAGCAUUGUUAAUACUUUACUAGUAGUCGCGAGACAUUCAAUGUAGGUGUAAAAUAUGACAAGAAUUCACUUAAUACAUAUGUAUAAUAUUGAUCCGAUUAAGAUAAAUAAAAUUUUGGGUUGUAUGUGUAUUAUUUA